AUGGCGUCCAGCCGGGUGCUGGAGAGGGAGGUCCAGGAGCAGCCGAGGCGCGCUGCGACCGCAAACCUCGACUUCUGCCUCCACAAAUACUCCCUGCUCAUCAUUAUCGGACGGAGCGCUCACUUCAGACAGACGGGACACAUCAGCAGGGAGAUCGAACGAGGUAUUCGGUCAUGGGACAUUGACUUAAAAUCCUGUAACCUGAACCUCUAUCUGCAAGAAUUCCUGUCCCAUCACACGGCGUCAUUCAAGGGUGCAGGGCAGAAGUGUCUGCGGCACAGCACCAGAGUGUUGGACACUCAAGUGCUGAUCAGUCCACCUCAGGAACAGGUUCAUUCGGAGGUGUUUGCUCUGCUGUCGCGGGAAUCGGCUCAUAAGCUGUUGAUCUUGGCUGGCCAGAGCUUGGAGGAAAGCGGAGACCUACUGUUUCACAGAGGACUGUUUUCACCGCAUCAACUGAAACAAAUAAUAACACAGCAGUUCAUAGGUCAAGAGAGCUCUGCCUCCUCCUCCAAGCUCAGUCUGACCCUAAGCUGUCCCAACAUCGGUGAGUGGAGGAAGACUCUCUUGGGAAACCAGCCUCUACAGGGUCCUUUCACGCUUCACAUCAAUCCCCCAGAGGUGCUGCCUGCCAUGGAGGCCCUGGGGGAAUUCACCUCCCUCAUCUCCAGUACCCUUUGCCCUCCAUCCACCUUUGACCUCCUGCCUCCUCCCACCACCGUCGGUUUCCUCAAGCUGUCCCGUCCCUGCUGCUACGUGUUCCCUGCUGGCCGCGGUGACUGUGCCUUCUUUGCUGUUAAUGGCUUCACGGUGCUGGUGGAUGGCGGCUCGGACACGCUGGCCUGUUUCUGGAAGCUGGUCCGCCACCUCGACCGUGUUGAUGCAGUUUUGCUGACGCACAUCGGGACGGAAAACCUGCCAGGGGUCAACACCUUCCUGGAGAGGAAGGUGGCAGAGCUGGAGCUGAGCUCUGAUGUCAAAGACGACUUGUCUAAAAGGCUGAUCUCCCCAGAGCUUGGAGUCGUGUUCUUUAACGCCCCCAGCAGGUUACAGGUGGAGCAACAGCCCUGUGUGGACAAUGUACUGAAGAGUACACACCAGGCAGCCCUAACCCUGCAGUUAUUAAAGAAGUUAGACAUCAGACCACAACCAAUGUUUCGACCCCAAGGAGUCCCCUUUGAGCCACUAACCCUGUUCCAGAAGAUGGGAGUGGGACAGCUGGAUUUAUACAUCCUCAAUCCCAGCAAAAACAGCCAGGAGUACCAGACUCUCAUGCAAAACUGGCCUGAUGCAGUGUCAUCAGCAUCCAAAUCCCAAACUCUCCCUCUCACUGCUCUGGCUUCAGUGUCUGCUCUGCUUGUGUGGCAUCCAGCGUGCCCUCAAGAGAAGGUGGUCAGGGUGCUGUUCCCUGGUGUUACCCCACAGGCCAAGCUCCUGCAAGGGCUAGAGAAGCUGAAGGGCCUGGCCUUCCUCCAAAAACCCACUGUGACAACCGGUGACCUGGAGAGGCUCGGGGAAGACAGGAAGGCUAAGAGGACAGAGAGCCAGGAUAGUAGUAGGUCACAAGGGAAGGAAACAACCUCCAAACAUGGGAAAGAAAAAGGGGUUAGAGAAGAGGCUAAGGAGGUAUCAGUGAAGGAAAAGGGUAAAGGAGUAAAUGGAGUUGAUAAAACCAAAAUGAAAGACGUGGGUGUAAAGCAAAAGGCAGCUAUGUCAGAGAAGAAUACGUCAAAGAAAGGAGGAGGGAAGGAUGGGAAAAAGGAAGAGAAGACUGGCAAUAAAGAGGAGAACAGUGUUAUGAAGAAUGAUCAGGUGAAAAAGGAUGGUCUCUCUUCCAAACCAAAGAAUGAAAAUAAAACUAAGCUCAAAAAGGAAGCAAAAAAUGACUCUAAAACAGGGACGAAGAAAACAAGAAAACCAUCGGGAAAGGAAGCAGAUGAUGGAAAGAAGGCACAUGUAAACAGUGAAUUGCCAAAUAACAACUCAACAAAACCUGAUGCUGGGACUACGUUAGAAAUCCCAAAGCCAGACUGCCCUGCUACAGAACAGCAGAAUCAAAAACCAGAGAGAGAACCUGAAGAGAACCCCUGUGGCUCCAAAACAUCUACCCCUGAGGAUAUGACUGCUGAUUUUCUCAGGCUGCGGGAGGAAACUGAACGAGGAGGGGCGCAGGUGGAAAUAGCAGAUGAAGGAAAGCAGAAAAGCAGUGAGUCAGGAAAUGAAAAGACCCUUGGAAGUCUGAGCAAAGAGACAAGUAAUGAAACUGCUGAUACACCAGGGAAAGAAGCAGCAGGUGGCACAGGGAUAAUGGAAGGACAGAGUGGUGAUAAUGAAGUGCAAAAUAAAGCUGGGACUGGAGAGAAUGCUGGUGUAGACGUGCAGAAAGGGUCUGGAGACCAGUCUAGAAGUGCAACCAAACCAGCAAAGGUUGUGGGAUUUCCAUCUCCCUUGAACAAGGAACCAAAGAAUGAGCGCACCGUCCAGCUAGACUUAACCCCGACGGAGUACACCCUCCUGGAUGGGGCUUUGAGACACAGCCCUCCCUCAAGAUCCUCUCCAGAGAACCAGGCCCCUGCCAGCCCUGACGAGGAGACCGUAGAGCCGACCUCCCCUGACUCACGGCCCAACAGUGCAGGCCACACUCCCUACUGUCUUUCCCCAGAUGAUGUGUGGUGCAACAGGGCCACUCUUAGCAGGUUACAGGCCCAGAUGGCUAACAUAGAGUCCACUGAUGUCAACCAGCCAAAUGGAUCAACCAGGCAAAGUGAGGGGCAGCUAUGCCAGCCCAAGAACACCCCAGAGAGCCACACAAAUCCCAGGGAGAAGCAUCUAAGUUUUCUUUCUUUGGGUACAUUUAAAGACGGAUCCUCUGACCCUUCUCCUUCUGUGGCUACCACCACCACUACACACUCUAUGCCAGCAGAGGUGAGCUCACCUCAGUCCACAGAAGUGGAUGAAUCACUGUCCAUGUCCUUUGAGCAGGGACCAACCAAUGUGAGCCAAAGAGAGGGGGAUGACAGCGUUCAUCACUCCCACUCCAAUGGAGGCCAUUUUGUGGGAAUGUCCUUAUCAAUGAAGAAGCCUCCCAGAUCUUUAGGUCAAGUUCCAGAGAUGGGGCGACCUCCAGCUCCUAACACACUUCAUUUUGAGGCAUCACCUCAUGAUGUGGAUCUUUGUCUGGUUUCUCCUUGUGAGUUCAAGCAUUUCAAACCUCCUGACUCCGGCUCAGGUGCCAGUGAACCCUCUAGAGGAGCCUUUGCUCCACAUCAUCACGGGAACAACAAUAACAACCCUAAGGACACAUCUCCCAGUGAAUCAAAUGCCCCCGUUUGUACAGAGGACUGUCCAUCCACCACAGCAGAUGGAGCUCUGGACUCAGAUGAGGAUGAGUCGUGUAGUGAGCCGACUAACUCCCCUCACGACCUCUGCACCAGUCAGGCUCUGCCCCCAGACCCUCUUCCAGCGCCUCUCAGGGACAGUCCGCCUCUGCCCCCACAUCCCGACGCCUCCAUGCCUGUUCCUCAGUCUGACACUGAUGCGCACGGGAAGAGAGCUAAAGCCGGCAGCAUGCGAGGGAAAAAAAUGCCAGGGGUUACUGAGGGCUCCCAAAGAUCAGGCUCAGGGAAAAGCAGGACAGGGAGCCAAAGUGUAGUUGCAAAAGGGAACGGCUCGUCCACUCGUACACCUUCCUCCAGCAUUCGCUCAGCACCAGCAAAAUCCUCAACCAAUCCAGGCUCUAAGUCUACCUCUGUUGGUGAGGUCAGUAUGUACGUGGACCUGGCCUAUAUCCCCUCUGGAGCCUCCUCUCCAACAGUCAGUGUGGACUUCUUCAGGUGUGUGCGCUCCUCCUGCUACAUCAUCAGCGGCGACAGUCCAGAGAGGGAGGAACUUAUGAGGCAUACACUGGACGCUCUGUUGGAUGGAAAGAUAUCCUGGCCUGACACCAUGCAGGUGACAGUGAUUCCCACCUUUGAGUCGGUGUCGAUGCAGGAGUGGUACCAGCAGACCCUGGACAGACAGAGGGAGCUGGGAAUCACCGUCCUGGGAUCCAACAGCACUGUUGCCAUGCAGGACGAGACCUUUCCUGCCUGCAAGAUAGAGUUCUGAGGCACGCUGUGAGAUGCAGAAGUGGAGGGUGAAUAUGAGCUAAAGGAUGGAAAUGUGUGUAUGAGCGAGAAAGAAAAAGUGUGCAGUGAAGAGCAACAGAAAUAGAGAGUUAGAAGCAGACAUUAUGGGGAAAUAAAGGAAAUAUAAGGCUCCUUACUGCAUGAAAACGACUGAAUGGGUAAUUAGAUGGGGCAUUCACCCCAUCCUCUCCUGGUUUCCACUGCUUUGUGGGCUUCUUUUGCAUCAAAAAGCCCUUAUUUCUCUUCACCCGUGGAGAACACACAUCCCUGUGGGGAGAACUGCAUGAUUUGUAUUUUUAUUUUAUUUUUUACCAAUGACCCUGUGCCUAACAGGAGAGGAGAUCACAUUGGCUGCAAGAGAAGCUUGUCUGCAAACAUGUAGAUUCACAUGAAAGCUAACAUUGUAGAUUAGUCAAAAUAGCAUACAUGGGGUUUUAUGGCACUAUGUGUAGGCUUGUUUUCUCAAUAUGUAAAGCACUGAAGUGUGACAGCAGCCUGUGCUAUAUUUCUGGGCCCAUUUAGUUGCUUGUAAUAUAACAUUUAUCAAUCCAUGUGGAAGGAAUUCAAGAAAUAAUCAGCUAGUCAGACAACAUAAAAAAAAUUCCCAGAUGGCAACAGUAUGCAAACUUUUGUUUAUGAAAGCACUGUUUGCAUUGUAUUCCUUUUAUUUACUAAAAUUCACAGUGUAUGGCCAGGUGUUUGUUGUGAGCACUGUGAGCAGAUGUGAGGUGAGUUUUGCCGUGUGUUGUACCUGCUUUCAAAAGUAUUGUGCCACUGUGGCUUUGAUACCGAGCAAAACAGAUGCAGACGAGUCCACUGCUGGAGAGCGAUAAUCUCCCACUGAGUCUGAGAUUGCUGUACGCAAAGACAAAUCUGUCAGCGGGGAUUAGAGUAUCAGAUUAAAUUUUAUAGCAUUACAUCAAUCAUCCUAUUAAAAAUGGCACUGUAAUUGUAAUCCAUUACAAGUGUUUAGAAUCAUGCUAAUCAGGAAUCUGGCAGCAAAUGCAUUUGUAGAAUGUGUUGAAUGUGAUGGUUACGACCAUAAAGUUUAUUGCAGACUAAUAUUUUGCACAGCAUAAACACAGUGGGUGUCAAUGAGAGCUUUCCAAGUUGUAGUCUGUAAAGAAGAAUAAAUAAAUAAACCUGAUGUUAUUUAAAACUGGAGGCAAAGUAAUCCUGAAAGUUAAACUGAAAGUCAUGAAAAAUCUCACUGUUGAAUUACAAACCACUUUAUUUUACGUAUAUGUAAUUGCCCAAUAAAUUCUAACAACUUUCCUG